GUCUGUGAGCUUCUUCUUCCACCGUCAUACACACCAACUCCCCAGCUUUUUGGUGUCUACACUGUGGACACCCUGGUGUCUGUGUGAGAGACACAAUCCUAGCCCAACUUGAAAAGAACGAACCUCUGCUCCUCAUCUGACCUGGAGGAAAACAUGACAGACUCAUCUACCAACAUGCGGUUGAAGCUGCCAGCUGCCUGCUUCAUCCUGGAAAUCAUUCUCAUCAUCCUCUUUGGUGUGCUGGUGGAGUACGACCACGACACAGAUGCAAAGCUGUUUAAUAAGGACAUGACAGACAGCAAAGCUAAUGAGCACCACGGACAUGCUGCUGGAACAUCUCAUAACAUCUCAUCUCACAACGCUGAGUAUGAGAAUGACUUCUACUACCGCUAUCCAAGUUUCCAGGAUGUGCAUGUAAUGAUUUUCAUCGGCUUUGGUUUCCUCAUGACCUUCCUUCAGCGCUACGGCUUCAGCAGUGUGGGCUUCAACUUCCUCAUCGCUGCCUUCUCCUUGCAGUGGGCCACUCUCAUGCAAGGCUUCCUCCAUGGCCUGCAUGAUGGGAAGAUCGCCAUUGGAGUGGAAAGUAUGAUUAAUGCUGAUUUCUGCACUGGUUCUGUGCUGAUCUCAUUCGGAGCUGUUUUGGGUAAAACCAGCCCCCUCCAGCUGCUGAUCAUGGCCAUAUUUGAGGUCACGCUGUUUUCUGUCAAUGAGUUCAUCUUGCUCAGCCUUCUAGGAACUAGAGAUGCUGGAGGCUCCAUGACCAUCCACACAUUUGGAGCCUACUUUGGCCUGAUGGUGACGCGAAUCUUGUACCGACCCAACCUUGACAAGAGCAAACACAAGAACUCUUCAGUUUAUCACUCUGACAUGUUUGCUAUGAUAGGUACCAUCUACCUGUGGAUGUUUUGGCCCAGCUUCAACUCUGCCAUCACAGAACAUGGAGACCCCCAGCACCGCACAGCCAUGAACACCUACUACUCCCUGGCAGCCUGCACUCUGUCAACAUACGCCAUGUCAGCCCUCACAGCCCAUGAUGGAAAGCUGGACAUGGUGCACAUUCAAAAUGCAGCCCUGGCUGGAGGAGUCGCAGCAGGAACAGCAGGUGAAAUGAUGCUCACACCGUUCGGCUCCAUGAUUGUUGGUUUUUUGGCAGGAAUCAUUUCUGUCCUUGGCUUUAAGUACCUCUCGCCCAUCCUAGAGGCUAAGCUGAAGAUCCAAGAUACAUGUGGUGUUCACAAUCUGCACGGCAUGCCUGGCAUCCUGGGGGCUAUUGUUGGGGCUAUCACUGCUUCCGUCGUCCCUAAGGAAGUAUAUGGAAACGGUUUGAAAAAGGUUUUCCCUGAUGUGGCGGAUGGGGUAAGAGACACAUCUUAUCAGGGCGCCAUGCAAGCAGCUUCCAUUGCAGUCACCCUAGGCAUUGCGCUUUUUGGAGGACUUCUUGUUGGUUUCAUUUUGAAGCUGCCCAUGCUUGGUGCUCCACGUGAUAAUGCCUGCUUUGAGGACAACAUCUACUGGGAGGUGCCUGGUGAAGAACAUCAUAUGGAGGAGCUAACUGUUGUGAGGACAGAAGAAGAUGAGACGCUCAACAGUUAGAAGAGCAGAUACAAUGAAACUAAGACAUACAGACGCAACCCAACGUUUUAACAGCACUUGAAAGUCUACAGGCUCAAAAAUACUCAUUAUACUCAUGCCGGCUGUCAAACUGUUUAUACAGUUGAAACAAUAUAUACACCACCGGUCAAAAGUUUUAGAACACCUUUCUCAUUUAAUGGUUUUCUUUAUGUUUAUGGCUAUUUACAUUGUAUGUAGAUUCUCAAUGAAGCCAUCAAAACAGGGAAUGAACACAUAUGCAAUUAUGUA